CCUGCGUUCUUCGCUGUCCAUGUAUGGGAGCUGGAGCAGAGAGACCUGUUAGUUUUCCUUCUUGGCUGCUCCACGCUUAUCAUUCCUGAUUGGAAGCCAUGAGCUCUCACAGGCAGAGUUGUGCUUUUGGAGAUUAUCGUUUAGCCUCCAGACAGAAGCUCUCGCCUGGUGCUGCUGUUUAUAUCACAUCUAAUGCCGAGGUUGAAAGAAUCACGUUCUCACGAGUCUUUGCUCAGUCCCAGUAGUGCUGUGGAGGCACUAGAUCUCAGCAUGGAGGAACAGGUCAUGAUCAAACCUGUGCACAGCAGCAUCUUGGGGCAGGAUUAUUGUUUUGAGGUGACCACUUCAUCCGGGAGUAAGUGCUUUUCGUGCCGUUCAGCGGCAGAAAGAGACAAGUGGAUGGAGAAUCUACGACGUGCUGUGCAGCCAAAUAAGGAUAACAGCAGGCGAGUGGAAAAUGUGCUCAAACUGUGGAUUAUCGAAGCCAAGGAUGUUCCAGCCAAGAAAAAGUACUUCUGUGAACUGUGUCUGGAUGACACUCUGUACGCACGGACUACCUGCAAGCUGAAAACGGACAACGUCUUCUGGGGGGAGCACUUUGAGUUCAAUAACCUGCCCGCCGUCAAAAACAUCACCGUGCACUUGUACAAAGAGACCGAUAAAAAGAAGAAGAAAGAUAAGAACAACUACGUGGGGCUGGUCAACAUCCCCAUAGCCACAGUGACUGGCCGGCAGUUCCUGGAGAAGUGGUAUCCUGUCAGCAUGCCCAACGCCAGCAAGGGCAAGGCUCCCGCUCCAAUGAUCAGGAUCAAAUCCCGCUACCAGAGCAUGAACAUCCUGCCCAUGGAGCUGUACAAGGAGUUUGCCGAAUACGUCACCAACAACUACAUGCUGCUGUGCUCCAUCCUGGAGCCCGUGCUGAGCGUGAAAAACAAGGAGGAGAUGGCCUGCGCGUUGGUGCACAUCUUGCAAAGCACGGGAAAGGCUAAGGAUUUCCUGACUGACCUGAUGAUGUCAGAGGUGGACCGGUGUGGAGAUAACGAACACCUAAUUUUCCGGGAGAACACUUUAGCAACCAAAGCCAUCGAGGAGUAUCUCAAACUGGUUGGCCAAAAAUAUCUACAAGAUGCACUGGGAGAAUUCAUCAAAGCUCUUUACGAGUCGGAUGAGAAUUGCGAGGUGGAUCCGAGCAAGUGCUCACCAGGGGACCUAGUGGAACACCAGAGCAACCUGAAGAUGUGCUGUGAACUGGCAUUUUGCAAGAUCAUUAACUCUUACUGUGUGUUCCCGCGGGAGCUGAAGGAGGUGUUUGCAUCCUGGAGGCAGGAAUGCAGUAACCGUGGCCGGCCUGACAUCAGCGAGAGGCUCAUCAGUGCUUCCCUCUUCCUGCGAUUCCUCUGCCCGGCUGUCAUGUCGCCCUCCCUCUUCAACCUUCUGCAGGAAUACCCAGACGACCGCACCGCUCGCACUUUGACCCUCAUUGCCAAAGUUACCCAGAACUUAGCAAACUUUGCCAAGUUUGGUAGCAAAGAGGAAUACAUGUCUUUCAUGAAUCAGUUCCUUGAACACGAGUGGACCAACAUGCAGCGAUUCCUACUGGAGAUAUCCAACCCAGAGACCAUAUCCAAUACAGCAGGCUUUGAGGGUUACAUUGACCUGGGACGAGAGCUCUCCACCCUGCAUUCACUGCUUUCAGAAGUGGUUUCCCAAAUGGAUCAGGCUACUGCAGCAAAGCUUGGACCUUUGCCUCGUAUAUUAAGAGAUGUCAAUGUGGCUCUCGCCAACCCAGGGGCUGUCUCGGUGUCAGCCAUCUCUGAUCCGUGCACUUCCACUCCGAAUGCCACCAGCAGCAGCCUCUCCUCGGGGCUGCAGAAGAUGGUCAUAGACAACGACCUGAGUGGUUUAUUAGACUUUACGAGGUUACCCUCUCCUACCCCAGAAAACAAGGAGUUAUUUUUUGUCACAAGGUCCUCAGCUGUGCAGUCCUCGCCCGCUCGCAGUUCCAGCUACUCUGAGACCAACGAGCCUGACCCGCAAAUGCCCAAUGGCAGCAAAAGCCUUUCAAUGGUCGACCUGCAGGACAAUCGCAGUUUGGACAGCUCGCCCAAUGCCCCCAGCGUGGGCGACCCCAUGAACGACAGCCAGGGAUCCAGCGUAUCCGUGCCCCCCAUAAUGUGGCCGACCCAACGGGCACCGCUCCCCCCACAGAGCACCGCUCCCACACUCUGCCGAAAGCCAGGACAGACAGUGGGCACUCCCAGCUCCGACAGCACGCCCCCAGCACGGCCUCAUCUCCUGGCACCGUUAUCCUUCCAGAAUCCGGUCUAUCAGAUGGCUGCGGGCAUCCCCCUCUCGCCCCGGGGAGUAGCGGAGCCCGCGAUGGACCUCCCCACCUCUCUCAGCAGCGCCGAGGAGCUGAUCCUGGCCAAGCACACCCUCCACGGCCACACCAGCAUGGAGGACUUUGCCCGGCGCUCCGGGGAAUUCUCGCGGAGGCAGCUCUCGCUGACGGAAAAAAUGACCCAGGCCUCGGUGCCGAGACAGAGCAGCGUAGGGCCACAGCGGCGAAUAGACCAGCCCCCGCCGGCAGCCAGAGGUAGGACGCCACCCGCCAUGUUAAUCAACCCCCCGCAGUAUCCCAGGCCCUCCAGCGGGGGCAUGGCCCCAGCCUCCUCUGAGUGGCCGAGCAGUGGAGCCAAGGUGCGGCAGCAAUCCUCGUCUUCCUCCAAGGGAGACAGCCCCGAGAUGAAGCAGCGUGCUGUGCACAAGCAGUACCAGCAGGAGAUCGUGAUGCUCCAGGACAAGCUGAGAGCCUCCAACAGGAAGCUGGAGGAGUAUGAGAUCCACCUGAAGAACCAGGAGGAGCAGGCCCAAAAGAUGAUGCUGGAGUACCAGGCGCGGCUGGAGGAGGGUGAGGAACGUCUCCGCAGACAGCAGGAGGACAAGGACAUGCAGAUGAAGGGCAUCAUCAGCAGAUUAAUGGCUGUUGAGGACGAAUUGAAGAAAGAUCACGCUGAGAUGCAGGCAGCCGUGGACUCCAAGCAGAAGAUCAUUGAAGCCCAGGAGAAGCGCAUCUCCUCGCUGGACGCUGCGAAUGCACGGCUGAUGAGCGCCCUGACACAGCUGAAGGAGAGGUACAGCAUGCAGAGCCGCAACGGCAUCUCGCCCACCAACCCCACCAAACUGCAGAUCACCGAGAACGGCGAGUUCAGGAACAGCAGCAACUGCUAGUGCAGAGAGACCAGCAGGGUGAGGCAGGCGCCGCAGAGAGCACAGCACAGAGCGCCAUGCGCGGCACGGCACAGUACGGCACAGCACACUACAGCACAGCACAGAAUAGGCAGCACCAGGAGCAACCGAGACAUCCUCAGCCAACGACCUUGUCAUCAACAGGUGUAUUUUUGUAAAAGUUCAUGUGGACAAGUGGUCACCAAACAGCAGGCUAAUGACCCCCCCCC